GUGCCAGCUAGUAAAUGGACCGCUCUAUAAAUUGAUGCAUGUAACAAUGAACUAAUGCAACAAUAAGCUAAGUUCAUUUCAAAUAAUUCUUUCUUCUGAUUAAACAAUGACUUAUGUUAAGCUCAUUACUUUGGCUCUAUUCCUGGUUACCACACUCUUAAUGUUUCAGACAAAGAAUGUUGAAGCAGAGUUCUGUUCGUCCGUGGGAUCCUUUUGUUCACCAUUUAACACGAAUCCAUGUGGCUACCUCGGAAAUUGUCGCUGUGUCCCUUAUUAUCUAUAUGGAGGUACUUGCGAGAAUCCAUUUGGUUUUGAACAUAAUAUGAAGAUGAUCGAGGAACAUCCUAACUUAUGUCAAACUCAUGCCGAGUGCAUCAAGAAGGGAAGUGGGAACUUUUGUGCUCGUUAUGCUAAUGCUGAUGUCGAAUAUGGGUGGUGUUUUGCCUCUGUAGCCGAAGCAGAACGGUACUUCAAAAUUGGAUCAAACACUGCAGUAAAAAGUUUGUUCAAGAUUGCCUCUAAAUCUAAAGAACAAGACUACCUUAAGAUGGCUUUGGAAAUUGCCACUUAAGAAUGAUAUGUCUAAAACCAACCAUGCAUUAUCAUGCAUGUACUACUUUAAAUAAAACAACCUUUGUUUCCAAUUUAUCAAUUGGAUUUCUUGAAUAUCCGUUUGGAUUUUGAUAAAAAAAUGCAUGUGCAUGGGUGUGGUAUUGUAAUAAAAAAGUAUUGUAGUGUUACUUUGAAAAUAAUGCUUUGACUCCUACAUUACUCGUU